AUAUAGUGCAACACAUCUCUAGGAUGACGGACAGUUCCGAAACGCUCCAGAAGUAUGAGGAGCAGUUCGCCUGUAGGUUCACAUCAGAGGAUGAGGAAUACCAAAGAUACCUUGAGCAGCCUGUGAAUCCACCACCACUUGUUGAAGAUUGGAGAGGUCGUGGUGCAGGGGGUUUCCAAAGAGGCAGGGAUAACCGUUAUCAAGAUCAGAGACCAUACAGGGGCCGGGACCGAGGUCGUGGUUGGGGCUCGCAUGACCAGCGGGGCCCACAGCAGUGGCAGGAUCGACGCUGGGGAUCAGGAGGACAUAAUCAAGGCCAACACAACUCCUAUAAUCAGGGCUACAAUUCAGGCAACCAGAGACGCUAUGAGCGUUACUGAUAGGAGGUGUUUAUUUUCGCUUGGGUGGUGGAGAUGGAGGCUAUUUUUCAUUAUGUAGUUUCUUUGAAAGGCUGUAUUUGCUUAGAACAGAUGAAUCCACUUGUCACCUGUAUUCUCUUAAAAACAAAGCAGGUUUUACCCAUACAGUUGGGAUGUAGAUCUGCAGAAAAUCAAAAUGUUGUGUUAUUGCAUUCAGCUGGCCUGGAUAUACCCAAGCACUGAGAAUGAAAGUUAAAACGGAAGAGAACAAUUGUCAGAGGUAUGUGGUUGCAAGAAAUAUUGCUUUCCUGUCCCAUUCCCUUUGGUUGUGAAUGAAAAUGUACACUGUCUGUAUCACAGUAUGAGUUCAUGACAUCUAUUAAAUUGACUGGGUCCUUCUUCAGGACAUUUGUUUUGUGAAAAA